AUGCAAAAGAAAGUUGCUUCAUUGCUUCGUGGUUCCAUUUCAAGGACACAUGACCUCCGUGGUUGGGAAGGGUCCCUUUACAAGCACCGGUCACCACUGACAUCCAACGCAGCCCCACGGGAUGGGAUAUACGCGUUAUCUCGCACCGUGGGUGUAGGCAGAUGCGACUCGGCAGAUAAACUGUCGGGGCAGGAUUCCUGCGUACAAGAACCAAACGCGCUCGACUCGGCCCGCCCCCCGCCCCACCGCGCCUCACCCGGCAAACCAGUUCAGUUCGUGCCCGGCUGCCGAGCGCGUCGGUCGUUCUGCGAGAGGAGUGCUGCCGCCUCGUCGCGAUACGAAAAACAUCCAUCUGUAGCCAAGCGUAACCAGUGUCGUGGAUUUACUACA